AGCAGCGCUCGGCGCCACAUGGCGCUGUAUUUAAGGGGCGUUCUUGUGGCAUCGCAGAGCUGACAUGAACAUCUUUACUAAGGUCCCAGGAUUAGCCCAACAAACCAGCAAGCUGGGGUCUGUGCUCCAACGUGCCUUCUACGGGUCCAGUGGCAGGGUGACCCUUUUCGAGCAGAGGAACUUCGCUGGCCGUCGGCUAGACCUCAGCUCUGACUGCUCCAGGCUCAGUGACAAGAACUUCCCAGAGAAAUGUAACUCUGUGCAGGUGGAGAGCGGCGCAUGGGUCGGAUUCGAGCAUGACAACUUCCGGGGCCGUCAGUACGUGUGGGACAUGUCUGACCGGGGGGAGUACAACUGCUACGAAAAGUGGUGUGGACAGACUGACCACAUCUCCUCUGUCCGUGCUGUCAAACAGGUGCAGGAUACAACGCACACAACACAGUGUCAUUCUACAGACAACAACCCGGCCAGAGCUCAGCUGUUUGAGAGAGCCGGCUUCUCUGGUAAAAAGAUGGAGAUCCAGGACGACAUCCCCAACCUGAUGAGCCGCUACAGCCUCAACAGAGCCGCCUCCAUCCGCAUCCUGGGGGGAGCGUGGGUGGUUUAUCAGGAGCCAAACUACAGAGGACCUCAUUACAUUCUGGAGAAGCGGGAUUACAACAACUUCUCUGACUGGGGCAGCCAGAACAGCACCGUGGGCUCGAUGCGCAGAGUCCGCUUCAGCUGAACAUGUGAUGCAACGGACAGUCAGCACAUUCCCAACACGAAACAAUCAGCUUUACACAAUAGACUUAUUUUAGUAAUAAACUUCUAAAACAGCCAACAUGUGUUGAUUGGUGGUGGACAAACCUGAGGAGUAAAUGUAAUGCAUUAUUGUGCAUCCUGAAGCUGAUGGGAAGGUCAGUGUUUUAUGAAGGCGACAAGGACAGGGUUAGAAAAAAAGGGAGCUCAAAGCCCCAAUGAUGUUUAUUUCGAGUUUUUAAAACUGAAUAAGAGCUUCCACAUUGCAAACGCAAGCAAACCUGUACUAUGAGACUGUUAAGGAUUAAGCAUAAAUUACAACUUAACCCAAUGAGUCAAUAAAGCUACAGCACUCUCUCCACUUACAAAGAACAUUCAAGUUUAGCACAAUCCAGCUGUACAACAAGUCAAGGGAGGAGAAAAAAAAAAUAAAAAAUUUAACCACUAUGAUAAUUAUCCAGGUAUCAAGUUUGGAACUUUGCCUUCUAUCAUUGUACAAAAAAAAAAAAAAAAAAAAAAAAAAAAACACACACAA